UGCUGUGCCAUCGUAUUUUGGCUAUCAUUCUAGACCGUCCUUGCUCCGAAGAGCUGUCCUGACCUUCCCUUGCGGAACAGAUAUUUUAUUGAAAUUUACAUUUAAGGACUCCUCGCCCAAUAUAAAGAGAUCUUUUUAACUCAGAAUGUGACGGCUUAGAGGGGAAAAAAGAACAUGGCGUUUUGUUGCAGCGUGCUUCGGAGAUCACUACCGACUGACCUCUCUCACCGUAAGUAGCUCGCGAUUGGGUUGAUGGCAGCUUCGUCUAUUUCUGAAGGGACUUGCAGAACAAACUGCUGUAAUUGUCACCAUGGAUAACAAUUCUAACGGAGAUUUAGACGAUGAAAGUGUUCCGGAUACCUUGAAACCUCCGCCACGCUCAAAGUCUCGAACAAAGUCAGUGGACGAGCUUGUGGCACAUUUAGAGGAACAGAACAGGUUGUUAAGCAGUGAUUCUAAGGCACUGACCACCAUUCCAGAUGGAGCGUCUCCAAGCCUUGCCAAAAAGAGAUGGUCAGCUUGCAGUGCAGGAAGUAACUCUCUAGAUGCUACAAGUGACAGUCCAGAGACACCAGACAACUAUGAUGAGGUGUGUGGUGAAGCAGACACUUAUCAUGAGUGGGGACAACUCAUUGGUCAUUGGUCUGAUUCUCAGAGGAAGAAACCAAAGUUUAUCAGAGAUAUGGUUAGGAUGGGCGUUCCAAAUGCACUGCGUGGAAUGGUAUGGCAGUUGCUCUGUGAAGCUAGUGAUUCUCCUCUUAAAGAACAGUACCCUCAGCUCAUAAAGAGCAACUCAGCAUGUGAACGGAUGAUCAAACGAGAUAUUGCUAGAACCUUUCCUGAUCAUUCGUUCUUUAAAGAUAAGGAUGGCAUUGGUCAAGGAACUCUUUAUAAUGUUAUUAAGGCAUACUCUGUUUGGGAUAAAGAAGUGGGAUAUUGUCAAGGUAGUGCAUUCAUAGUUGGCAUAUUGCUUAUGCAGAUGCCUGAGGAAGAUGCAUUUUGUGUAUUUGUAAAGCUCAUGCAGGAAUAUAGAAUGAGAGAAAUUUUCAAACCUACAAUGGCUGAACUAGGACUUUGCAUAUUUCAGCUGGAAAGCAUGUUGCAGGAACAUCUUCCUCUUCUGUUUUCACAUUUUCAAGCCCAGGGAUUCCAUACAGCCAUGUAUGCUUCAUCAUGGUUCUUGACGCUUUUUGCCUCUGUAUUUCCUCUGAAUGCAUCAUUCAGAAUCAUGGAUGUCUUCAUUUGUGAGGGAAGGGAAGGUCUGUUUCGUGUUAUCAUGGCAAUGCUCACCCUUGGUCAAGAUGAGAUACUUGAACUUGAUAUGGAAGGAAUGCUGAAGUAUUUUCAAAAAACUAUGCCAGACAAGUACGAAAAGGACAUGAAUGUUCUGAUGAAAGCAGCUGCCGAAGCCAAAGUGAGCACCAAGAAAUUAAAAAGGCUGGAGAAGGAAUACACGCGGGUAAAACACAAAGAAGCAGAAGACAACGAAGAACUACGACGAUUGAAGACUGAAAAUAGACUGCUGCUUCAGAGAAUCGACGAACUGGAGAAGGAGAGUGCCAGUUUAGCAGACAGAUUGAUACAGGGUCAAAUAACUCGAGCGCAGGAGCAAGAAGAAAUUUACGCUCUAAAACGAGAUCUUGUUGUUUUGAGAAGACACGAUAAUGCAACUGCUGCUGCACUUUUAGAAGCCAACAGACGAAUAGAAGAACUAUCCAUGUUUAAGAAUCACAUAAUCAAUGAGAUGAGCGGGCGACAAGAUGCCUCUCCUCCCUCCCCACGGGACGUCAAGAUCAUUGCAUUGGAGGCGGAACUGGAAGAGUACAAAAAGAGAGAAUCCAAAACAAACCAAGUGCUAAAUGAACUGACGAGGAGGUCACGAGAUUUAGAAAAUGAGCUUUACCUUGCCAAAGAAAGUACAGAGGGAGCGACCGUUUCUCAAGUGGAGGAAGAAGUCCAGAAAGAUGAAACAAUUAUUUGAUUUUAAAACAGUUGGUGAAUCAACGACUUUGGAUGAACAUGCUGAUGUAAUCAAAAGACGAGCAAUGCAUUACAGGGUCGAAUCGUUUAGCUGGUGUGUUACUGAAGCACACAAAAACAGUUGACCUCGUGUACAGCUGGAACAUCCGUUAAAUCAUGACAAUUAAGUCAUUCAGCUCUCAUACAACUCAGUUACCUGGCUUUAUCAGGCCAAAAUUGGAUAAUUUAUUUUUAUUGACAUGCAAAAUGCUGUAAUUUCCUUUCCUUUUUUUAAAUUUUCGUAAGGAUAAACUCGUAAUGGUCAUCGUUGAGACGGAAGAAGUGAGUUUACAAGUGUAUAAAAUGAAACUGUCUCUUGACUAUGGUUAAAAUGUAAUGAACAUAUUUGAUGAUAUAAGGAAUAAUUAUAAAUACUGAGAAGCAUUUCUUAAUGGAACUAGAGAAAGAAGGAUUUGGGAAUAACUUUGUUCAAUUUUUCUUAGUUCUCUCUAGUUUUGGAAUUUUUCUUCAGUGGCAAAAUAGUUUACAAACCACAUGGAAGAAAAAUUAAUCGCCUCGAAUCCUCUUGUUUCUUAAGAGAAUUGUAUAUAGUAAAAAUGAAGGUAUCGAACUGAAAUCCCUUGUUGAGAUUGUAAAAAAGCGAAAGCUGUAAAAGUUAUUGUGGAAAGUUGUGCUUUGUAUGAGAAAUUAAGGAAUUUCAAUUUUUCUGGUAAUUGUAUCUUCGAUUUAAGAGUUCAAAUAUUAUCAGAGUACCUUAAAAUAUUGAUGAAGAGGAUAGUCUACUGUAUGGUUCAGUUUUGCAUUUGUUAUCUUUUUAAAAAGUAUGUGCAAGUCAUUGGAAAAAGAGACUAGACCAGGUUUCUGUGGUCAAUAAAUACGGAAAUUAUUUCACGGAAAA